ACUCCCUAUCCUCUACGUGGUUUGAACGAGCCUCCAUGCUGGUGAUCUUGUUGAACUGCGUCACCCUGGGGAUGUUCCAACCCUGUGAGGACCACGACUGUGAGUCGGAACGUUGCAAGAUCCUGGAGGACUUUGAUGACUUUAUCUUUGCGUUCUUUGCGGUGGAGAUGGUCAUCAAGAUGGUGGCGCUGGGCAUCUUUGGGAAGAAGUGUUAUCUAGGAGACACCUGGAACAGGCUCGACUUCUUUAUCGUACUGGCCGGAAUGCUAGAGUACUCUCUGAACCUGCAGAACGUGAGUUUCUCAGCGGUGAGAACGGUUCGAGUUCUGAGACCCCUCCGAGCCAUCAACAGAGUACCUAGUAUGCGUAUCCUGGUGACCCUGCUACUGGACACCCUGCCCAUGCUGGGGAAUGUCCUGCUGCUCUGUUUCUUUGUCUUCUUCAUCUUCGGCAUUGUGGGCGUGCAGCUGUGGGCGGGGCUACUGAGGAACCGCUGCUUCCUGCCUGAGAACUUCUCACUUCCUCUGUCCGUCGAGCUCGGCAACUAUUACCACACGGAGAACGAUGACGAGAACCCCUUCAUCUGCUCCAUGCCCAGGGAGAACGGCAUGCGUCUGUGUUCCUCUGUGCCCACCCUGUAUGAGGAGGGAGGUCUCCAGUGUCAGAUGGACAUGAAGUCCUACAACAGCACAGACAACACCACCUGUAUCAACUGGAACCAGUACUACAGUAACUGCUCGGCGGGACACGUCAACCCCUUCAAAGGAGCCAUCAACUUUGAUAACAUCUGCUACGCCUGGAUCGCCAUCUUUCAGGUGAUCACGCUGGAGGGCUGGGUGGACAUCAUGUACUUUGUGAUGGAUUCUCACUCCUUCUACAACUUCAUCUACUUCAUCCUCCUCAUCAUCAUUGGCUCGUUCUUCAUGAUCAACCUGUGUCUGGUCGUCAUCGCCACCCAGUUCAGUGAGACCAAGCAGAGGGAGAGCCAGCUGAUGAAGGAACAGCGCAUCCGUUUCCUGUCCAACGCUAGUACCCUGGCCUCCUUCUCCGAGCCGGGUUCCUGCUACGACGAGCUGCUCAAACUCCUGGUCCAUGUCAUCCGCAAGGGGUGCAGGCAGGUGGCCCAUGUCUGUCGGGCCUUGAUGCGCCGUGCUGGGAUGAACAUCGCAGCCUCUCCCCCUGCCCUGGAGCGAGAGAGGGGGAGCCAGAGAAGGAGGAGGAAGGCUUCCAGACAGGGUUCUGUGGUCUCCAGAAAAGGGUCGAUGUCCGUUCAUCACUUGGCUCACCAACACCACCAUCAUCAUCAUCACUAUCACCUAGUGAAUGGGAGUGUGAGGGGGGGACUAGGGGGUAGGGGGGUGGAGGGGGUCGGGGGAGGAGGGGCAGACGUGGAGACGGGUUCACAUAGCAACAACGGUGGCGCUGGACGGCUCAUGUUGGGUCCUCCUCCAUCGACCUCUGACCUGAACUUGGCGACCCCGACGUCACCAGCCAAUCCCGCGCUGGGCAUCAUGUGCCACACAGACUGCCACCUGGAGCCCACCACCCCCACUACCCUCACCCCUACCCCUAGCCCCUUCUCCCUGGCACCCAUCCCCAUGUCCAGGGCUAUGAAGAGGAACUCAGUGCCCUUUGCUGCCCCCGGACCUAAGAACUACCCCACCCUACAGCCCAGGACAUUAAUGGAGUCUAGAAGUGUCAGUGUUACAGCUAGUACCAUCAGUAAUAUAAACCUCAACCUCAAUAUACCACCACUAACCUUGGAGAGGGGACCACAGAGUCUGGUGAACACACACACACCCACGCCAGCCCAGCUAUCCAACCGUGACCUGAGUGUCAUCGGAACCCUGGACCCCUCGUUCCCCUUUGACCCAGAGUCAUGCCCAUACUGUGCCAAGGCCCUAGCAGGGGAAUCAGAGGGCACGGACGGAAACGAGAACCCCGGGGACUCAGACAGCGAGGGCAUCUACGAGUUCACCCAGGACCUCCACCACAGAGACCGCAGGGACCGUCGGGACAGCCGUCAGCCCAGGAAGGGGCAGCGAAAGCUGGGUACCACGGCAGGGCGAGUGGUCCGAGCCUGGAGGCUGGUGUGUGACACCUUUAGGAAGAUAGUCGACAGCAAGUACUUUGGAAGAGGGAUCAUGAUCGCCAUUCUGAUUAAUACACUGAGUAUGGGGAUUGAAUACCACGAACAGCCUGAUGAGCUGACCAAUGCGUUGGAGAUCAGUAACAUAGUGUUCACCAGUCUGUUUGCCUUGGAGAUGUUACUCAAGGUGUUGGUCUAUGGGCCAUUCGGAUACAUCAAAAACCCCUACAACAUUUUUGACGGGAUCAUAGUGGUCAUCAGUGUAUGGGAGAUCGUGGGCCAGCAGGGCGGUGGUCUGUCAGUGCUGCGUACCUUCAGACUGAUGCGCGUGUUGAAGCUGGUGCGCUUCAUGCCCGCUCUGCAGAGGCAGCUGGUGGUGCUGAUGAAGACGAUGGACAACGUGGCCACCUUCUGUAUGCUACUCAUGCUCUUCAUUUUCAUCUUCAGUAUCCUGGGUAUGCAUCUGUUUGGCUGUAAGUUUGGAUCAGAGAGAGAUGGAGACACUCUACCAGACAGGAAGAACUUUGACUCUCUGCUCUGGGCCAUCGUCACUGUGUUUCAGAUCCUAACUCAAGAGGACUGGAACAAGGUGUUGUAUAAUGGUAUGGCUUCCACCACUCCAGUGGCUGCUCUCUACUUCAUCGCCCUCAUGACCUUUGGGAACUACGUCCUCUUCAACCUGCUUGUGGCCAUCUUGGUCGAAGGCUUCCAGACUGAGGGAGAAGAAUCCAAGUCAGUGUCGGAGGCAGAUUUAUCCUCGAGGAGUAUGGAGGACGUGAACGGCAGUAGAAAGGAUGUGUCUGGCUCCCCGGUCCCAAUAAACGGUCAUGUUGACCUGAAGACCAGUCUGACCCCUCCUCUGAUUACCCAUACUGCUGCCACCCCCAUGCCCGUUCCCAAGCUGCCCGCCGUGGGUGACCCUGCCCUGGGCUACGAAUCCCGACGCGGCAGCAAUGUCUCCAUGGACCUAGCCUCUUACGACAAGUCUCCGACCAGUGCCCGUAGCACCUCCCCUUACGCCCCGUGGUGCUCUGCCAGUGGCUGGACCAGCCGUCGAUCGAGCUGGAACAGCUUAGGCCGUGCCCCCUCGCUCAAACGAACAAAGCUUCAGUCUGGCGAACGGCGGUCGCUCCUCUCCGGCGAGGGAGGGUCCAGUUCGGAGGAUGAGGAGGGGGGAGGAGGGGGAACAUCGGAGGGGGACGAUGCAUCCCUGUGUCGUAUUAACUCCAUGUCCCAGCCCAGACACAGGAGGAUGGAGUCGGUGGAGACCAGGGGGUCCAUAGACCUGGCCCCCGACACACUGCUACAGGUGCCCUACCUGUAUCGCUCAGCCAGUAUGCACAGCUCCAGACCCCCCUCGCUAGGAGGCCUGAGAGCCCCAGAACACAGUGACUGUAAUGGGAAGGGUACUUCGGCCCCUGGCGGGGCCCUGUCCCCUACACAGCUCUCCCUGGAGGACAACACAGAGGACGACGCAGCAGAGGAGGAGGUGGUCGUGGGUCAUUUUGCCAGGCUGUUAGGCUGGCUGGACAGGAAACAGCCAGAGUGGUGUCGACAGAGAGAUACCUGGUCCCUGUACAUAUUACCCCCAGACUCCAGGUUUCGGAUGGCGUGCAAUAAGAUCAUAACCCACAAGAUGUUUGACCACAUUGUUCUGGUCAUCAUCUUCCUCAACUGCAUCACCAUCGCCAUGGAGAGGCCGAGGAUAGACCCAUACAGCGUGGAGCGUAUCUUCCUCACGUUAUCCAACUACAUCUUCACAGCGAUCUUCGUGGCUGAGAUGACAGUCAAGGUGGCUGCACUGGGCUGGUUAUUUGGUGAUAAGGCCUACCUGAGGAGCAGCUGGAACAUUCUAGAUGGGAUUUUAGUGAUGAUUUCAGCCAUAGAUAUCCUGGUCUCAUUGGUAUCGAACAGCAGCCCCAAGAUACUGGGCAUGCUCAGAGUGCUGCGCUUGCUACGGACGCUCAGGCCACUACGUGUUAUCAGCAGGGCGCCAGGUCUGAAGCUGGUAGUGGAGACUCUGAUGUCAUCUCUGAAGCCUAUAGGGAACAUCGUGGUCAUCUGCUGCGCUUUCUUCAUAAUCUUUGGUAUCCUGGGAGUACAGCUCUUCAAGGGGAAGUUCUUUGCAUGUCAGGGAGAUGACGUGAGAAACAUCACCAACAAGUCGGACUGUAUAAUGGCCAACUACAAAUGGGUUAGACAGCAGUACAACUUUGAUAACCUGGCACAGGCUCUGAUGUCUCUCUUCGUGCUGGCUUCUAAGGAUGGUUGGGUGGAUAUCAUGUAUGAUGGAUUAGAUGCAGUGGGAGUCAACCAACAGCCACAGCUGAACUACAACCCGUGGAUGCUCCUCUACUUCAUCUCCUUCCUGCUCAUCGUCAGCUUCUUUGUGCUCAACAUGUUCGUGGGCGUGGUGGUGGAGAACUUCCACAAGUGUCGGCGCAGCCAGGAGGCCGAGGAGGCCAAGCGCAGGGAGGAGAAGAGACUGAAACGGAUGGAGAAAAAGAGACGGAGUAAGGAGAAGGAGCUGGCUGCUCAGAGUAAGCCUUACUACUCGGAUUACUCCCCCACUCGUCUCCUCAUCCACAAGAUGUGCACCUCCCAGUAUCUGGACCUCUUCAUUACCAUUGUCAUCGCACUCAAUGUCAUCACCAUGGCGAUGGAACACUACCAGCAGCCAAAGGAGUUGGACGAGGCGCUGAAGAUCUGUAACUACAUCUUCACCAUCGUCUUCGUCCUGGAGUCUGUCUUCAAGCUGGUGGCCUUUGGCUUCCGACGUUUCUUCAAGGACAGGUGGAACCAGCUGGACCUGGCCAUAGUGUUGUUGUCCAUCAUGGGCAUCACUCUGGAGGAGAUUGAGGUCAACGCAUCCCUGCCCAUCAACCCUACUAUCAUCAGAAUCAUGAGAGUGCUAAGGAUAGCACGAGUGCUGAAGCUACUGAAGAUGGCAGUGGGGAUGAGAGCGUUGCUGGACACUGUCAUGCAGGCUCUGCCUCAGGUGGGGAAUCUGGGGCUUCUCUUCAUGCUGCUCUUCUUUAUCUUCGCAGCACUGGGAGUGGAACUGUUUGGUGAUCUCAUUUGUGAUGAGCUGCACCCGUGUGAGGGCUUGGGACGCUACGCUACGUUUAAGAACUUUGGCAUGGCCUUCCUGUUGCUGUUCAGAGUAUCCACCGGAGACAACUGGAACGGCAUAAUGAAGGACACCCUGCGAGACUGUCAACAGGAGAAUGCAGGCACCUGUUACAACACGGUGGUCUCUCCUAUCUACUUUGUCUCCUUUGUGCUGACUGCCCAGUUUGUCUUGGUCAACGUGGUCAUAGCCGUCCUCAUGAAGCACCUGGAGGAGAGCAACAAAGAGGCCAAGGAGGAGGCAGAGCUAGAGGCUGAACUAGAGCUGGAGCUCCAGCAUGGAGGAAGGGGAGGGUGUGGCAGUGGGAGAUCACCCCAGCUAAGCCCUCUGGCCCUGGGCAUGGAGGAGGGAUCUGGCGGCUCCCCCUGGAGGUCUCCAGAGAGGGAGAUCCAGAGGGGCAAUGUGAUGGAUUCUCCCCCAGCAGAUAUCACUAGAAGAGACUCCAUACACAUCAGCACUGAUGCUCCGCUAGGCCUGGAGCCACCACUAGAGGUGGAGUUACUUGAUCCUGGGGAGCCGUUGGAGGACAACCUGUUGAGUGUACGGAAGUCAGCGGUGGGCCGCACCCACUCUCUACCCAAUGACAGCUACAUGUUCCUGCCUCUGGAGCCCUUCGGACCCCCAGGAGCCGGCCUGGCUCCUGGCUUAUCUCCAGUACUGACACAGUCUACAGGGCCGCAGCACAUAGAGGCACUUAGCAGCGCCCUGUCAGGCUCCAGUACCUCGGUGCGGUCCCAACCAGAGGAGAGCUCCCAGCAGUCGGCUGUGCCUACAGACAUCUUCAGACCCAUCAGUCCUCACAGCCUCUCAGACUCAGAGAAUAUACCCCGACUACCCCCGCCACAGCACACACACACACUUAGCCGCACACUCCGCAGACAGGUGGCAGUAUCUAAUGAUUCCCAGGAGGCUCUGUGGUCUGACGGAGGGGAGGGGGUCCUAAAUGUAGCUUCCCUAGCCCUCCCCCUUUCCUCCUCCUCUUCCUCAUCCUCCCAUCUUCACCAGCAGCCUUCUCUCUGGCUGGUCCCUGCCACCCCAGGGGCGUCCCCUCAACUGUCGCGCCCCAGUAGUGUUCACACCCAACACCCCUUCUCAAACCACGACCAGCACCACCUCUCCUCCUCACCCAACUCCCCCUCCUCCCUCUCCUCACCCCCUCCUCCCCUCCCCUCCGCUCGCCCCUGGAGACAGGAAGAGGCCUCGGCAGACCACGAGGUGUCGCUCAUCAACCGGGCGGGGCUGGCGGGGAGUGAGGAUGUCACCGGUGUCGGACUGGAGUCAGAGGUCGGAGGUCUCAAUGGCAGUUACCAAGGUCAUGAGGUUGGCCGUGGUGAGGGGAGCCGGCCAUGCCUGAGACAGCUGAAGAGGUUCCACAGCGCUGACGCCCAGGGCCGGAGCAUUCUAGCGUCCCGGCCACGCCCCCUGUCCUGGUUGGACGAUCCUCGGCGCCACUCAGUGGAGGUGUGUUCGUCUGUAGAGUCCAGUCCCCAGCGCAGCACCACGUCCUCGGGGUUCGUCUCCCGAGCAGACAGCCUCCAGAUCCACUCCCAGACCACAACAAAGACCCUGCCCUCUCCCCGACGCAAGAAGAAAAUGAGCCCCCCGUGUAUCUCCGUAGACCCCCCUGAUGGACUGGAGUCCCAGCCCGGCCUCCAACCUACCCUGGGAGGUUUGGGGGGCCUAGGGAUGCCCCCUCCCUUACCCAGCCGGGAUACCUCCUGUCUGAGGAGGCGGGCUCCCUCCAGUGACUCCAAGGACUCCUUUGACCUCGGGGCAGGAGAGGGGCUGGGCCAGGAGGGAGGGGGGCCCAACCCCAAGCUGUUGACUCUGCCCAGCUUCUCCUUUGAGAAGACAAGCUCUGAGCACUGAACACUCACACACACUGAUGUACACACACACACUAACACACACACACACACACAGCAAACCAUUAAGCACAUAGGCACACAGACACACACAUGCAAACACACGAUACACUUGGUGUAUCCGUGAUGGUGAUAGUCGUAGUAAUAAUACCGUAGAGAGUAAUUAUGGUAAAACUACAACAAAACGGUCAAAUCAUCCUUGGUUUUAUUGAGGAUCCGUGCAGUACUGUCGUAGUGUGACCAUCCCUUGUCUUUGUAUUGUUGUACUGCCAAAACCACAAGAACGUGAAAAGAACACAGCAUAAGCAGAGUUGAAACAAGAAUACAAACAUGACUGUUUCUCUUCUACCACACCUGCAUGCCGCCAUUGGCUGCAGGUCGACCCCAUGACCUCUGGAGUGUCAGCAGCACCAAUAACUUUGGAUAGCGCCUGCCUGUGGCCACUAUUGGGAAUGCUCAGUGUUAGACAGUGGGACUUCACCCUCACACGGGCAACAGUGGAGGUACAAAGCAAUAUGAACGAUUUAGAGACACUAUUUUCUUAAAUUAUUGGGCCAUAGUGUUUGUACAGGAUGUAGAUUUUUUAAUUAUUUCAUUAUAUAUUUUUUGGGGGUGAUCUUUUUUGUGAUGGGUUUUAAUUUUUCUCUGUUUGUUUCAAUGUUCGAAUUUUUUUUUAGCUAGUCAGUUUUGUUUAAUUUUAGGGAUAUUUUCUAGCUUUCUUGAUUUGCUGAGGAAAGUGAUUUUUUUUUCCAAAGUGCUGAGAAUCAUGUAUUUGUAGGAUUAAUAUAUAUAUAUAAACAACUCAUUAAACUGAGCUUGGAUUUUUAAGCACAAGAAGGGGACUUUGGUGGUUUGAAGGUAGGCAACAGAAUGGUAUAAGUCAAUGUGUUGUUAUUUACUUCAUAACAAACAUUACAGACUAAAACUUUAGAGCAGUGUUUGAAGAUUUUUAUUGACAGGAUAAAAUCUAACGAGAUGCAUUAUCAUAUUUUCAAGGCUGUCCUGAUUUCACAAAACACACAUACAAUAAUAUUCAAUCCAACAUACUCUGAUUUCUUCAACACAAUCCUGGGAAUUCGUUAUUUACGUCUUGAAAGAACUUGAUGUAGUAUGUCUGAAUCUACAGUGCCUUCAGAAAGUAUUCAUAUCCCUUGACCUAUUCCACAUUUUGUUGUGUUAUAGUCUGAAUUAAAAAUGGAUUUAAAAAA